GACGCAGGCGGGAGGCGGGGAGCGCUUCCGUGUGACGCGCCCUCCUCGCCGUGCCCUUCAGCCGCCGCCGCAGUUCCAGGGCGCCACAUGGACCCGGCCGGCCCCAGCACGCUCCGCCGCUGACCGCCCGUCCGCUCGCCCUCAUCCCGGCUCCGGGAAGGCAGAGGACUCAGCCGCACUUGCAUGUGAGCUCGGACCCUCAGAGGAGCUGCUGAGGAAUCAAAGCCAUCGUCAUGGAGUUCGUGAUGAAACAGGCCCUGGGAGGGGCCACCAAGGACAUGGGGAAGAUGCUUGGGGGCGACGAGGAGAAGGACCCUGACGCGGCCAAGAAGGAGGAGGAGCGCCAGGAGGCGCUGAGGCAGGAGGAGGAGGAGCGCAAGGCCAAGUACGCCAAGAUGGAGGCGGAGCGCGAGGCCAUGCGUCAGGGCAUCCGCGACAAGUACGGCAUCAAGAAGAAGGAGGAGCGCGAAGCCGAGGCCCAGGCCGCCAUGGAGGCCAACGCGGAGGGCAGCCUGACACGGCCCAAGAAGGCCAUCCCGCCGGGCUGCGGAGACGAGCCGGAGGAGGAGGACGAGAGCAUCUUGGACACGGUCAUCAAGUACCUGCCCGGGCCGCUGCAGGACAUGUUCAAGAAGUAACCCCGGCGCUGGAGAGCCCUGCGAGCCGGGAGCCCCCACCCCGCCGCCCCCUCGCCCACCCCCGUCCCCGCCUUCCGCGGAGGCCCCGGAGGGAUCUCGGGAGCAGAGUGCAGCCCCCAGCGCCAGUAUAAGCCAUAGUCCUGAGUCUAUCCGCCCCACGCCCCUUCGCGCCGCGGGAGCCUCCGCCUUCCCUCUCCCCGCACUGCCGUCGCCACCGCCACCGUGGGAGGGGCGCCCGACCCCCAGGGCCCUGCGGUCCCGUGCUGGAGGCCCCGGGGCCAGACCCCCUGCGCCUCUGGCCGCGAGUGGGUUGGACCCUCACCCAGAGCCUGGACCGCUCCUUACUGCUCCCGCCCUUCAUCGCCUACCCAGCAGCGCCCGAGGCCCCGGCUACCGAAAGGGCCAGCCCCUCGACCAUCCCUGGGUGCGCGAUCAAUGCGUGGGUGCGCGCUUGUCCGGGCCCAAACUCAGGAGCACAGCCAUAGUGGGGGUGCUGGGAGGGGCGAGCAGCUGGUGCCCGGGGCCCCACCCGUGGGGCAAGGUGGGAAGUCGCUCCCCGCCCGCUCAGCCUGGCCCCCAAUCCCCUCCCCCCGUACUGACACCUGGUUGCUGGAUCUCCGCAUCUUCCUGUCGGCUGCCCACCUCGCUCCAUCCCGAACCGGUCAUAUUCACUGUCCCCGUCUCCCUCUGUCCUUCCUUCUCCCGUCUUGGCCCACUCCUCUGGAAGGGUUUGCUUCUUUUGAAUGCCAUGGCCUUUUUCUUAAACUAAGGGAAACAAAGCAAUACGAUUAGGGGGGAAAUUCUCACACCUCUGAGUGUGGCACACAGUCUCUCACAUACCCCCUAUAACUCAACGCUCCCCUCUGAGUGUGUGUGGGCCCAGCCGAGCCCACCCACUGCCCUCCCUGGUUGGCACCUCGUCCUCUCCGAGGCUUCGGAGGGCCCUGCCCUCACUGUCUAACGCCCACCCCAUGACCAAGAGCUGGGGAGGCCCAGAGCCCCGGGACCUGAGUGUCGCGUGUAGGGACCCACCCCCUCCACAGGAUGGCGGUGGCCUCGCUAGGUCCCGCCCCGAGCUGGGGGCGGCGAGGUGCGCAAGAGGUGUCCUUGCGCGUAGCCCAGGGGGGAUUAGACAGAAGCACCGACCUUCCUGGGCCUCCCGAAGCCCUCAGUUUCCUCCAUCCUUGUUUAAGUUGCAUCACAAUGUGUUGAAUCUCAGGUAAAUGAGGUCUAACGUGUUUGGGGAGUUUAUUUUGACAGAAAGCCGUUCUCCUCGCCCCGGGCCCUUCUGUUCACAUCAGAAAUUCAUUGUGUCCACGUGUUGCGGGCCAGGGGCGUGGCCCUCCAUCGCUGUUUAGAAGCCAUACAAUUAGACUGCAAUACUAAGUGCGACGCCGGUCAGUCAAAGACGCGUGCGCUCGCCCGGCGGCGCCCCGCGUCCUGCGUGCGCCCUCUGACUCCUCCCGAUUCCACGUCUUUUUAAAAUGCCUGUUUUCACACUUUAAAAAGCCAGCCCUGAGCAGACAGGCCAUUGUCUCGUAGAAACCCAGCAUCCAGUUCCCAGCGCGUGGGGCGCCCGGAGCAGCCGAGCUUAGCGUAGACCGUGGAUGUCGUCUGUACGUCUGUCCUUGCGCCUGAGCCUCCUCCUGCAUGUGGGGGGGCGUCGCGUGUGUUCUCUCCGGAUGGAAUCACAGCCAAUAAAAUAGUGAUUUCACACCGUG